AUGAUUGAGAAAUUAAAUGGCUGCAGUAUUUUGACUGUACAAAGAGUUGUAUGUAUUAGUAAGAGUGGCUUUUUUACAUUAUUGGAACGUAAGAUUUUAGGUUAUGUUCCAAAUAAGGUUGGAUUAGGUGGAUUAUUGCAACCUUUUAGGGAUGCUAUUAAACUAUUUAGAAAGAAAGUGUUUAUUAUUUAUAAGUCAAAUUAUUAUUUAUAUUAUUCUCAGACUUUGUCGUAUGAAGCUAGGUUGAUUAUGAUUUUUUUGGUAUUAAUAAUUUUAAGAAAAAGUUAUUCAUUUUUAGAUUUUUAUGGUUAUAUCUUUAUUUAUAGUUUUUUUUUAAUAAUUUUGGCUGAGUUAAAUCGGAGGCCGAUAGAUUUUGUUGAGAGUGAAUCUGAGUUGGUAUCGGGAUUUAAUGUGGAAUAUUUUAGGGGUUUAUUUGUUAUAAUU